ACACAAUCAUUGUUAUUUAUUAAAUGAUAUAUUUUUGUCAGAAUUAAUUGUGAAAUCAAAUAAGGGCAUAAAUUCUAUGUAAUGUAUGUAUGUGUGUGUAUGGGACGUAUCUAAUGAAAUCUGGACACAAUCUGAUCCAGCGAUGCAAUAGUUACUGAUCUUUAAAACAAACCAAAAAAGUUGUUUUUUCUUUCUUAAAAUAUAAAAUAAAAAUCUUAUAAAAAAAAGUCUUAUAAAGAAGAGAUCACCAUUGGACAUCUCUUUGAUUCCUCAGCUCAAAGCUAACCAAACCAACCCCACAGAAAUGGGUAGUAGUUUCUUUGGGAGACCAAAAAUGGGUGGAUCUUCGUCUUCCUCACCAACAUCUUCUCCGGCAAAGAGAGGGAAGAACAAGAAUGGUUCUGACAAGCCUAAGCAGCCACAGAGAGGUCUCGGGGUGGCGCAGUUAGAGAAGAUUAGAUUACACAGCGAAUUAAACUGCAACAGUUUCAAUACUUAUCCUUCUUAUCAUCCCUCAACUAAUAAUGAUCAGGAGGAUGUGAGGAUUCACGCAGAAUAUUCAUCUAUACCAUCAUCAACUCAUUAUGGCCUUCAUCCAAACAUAAUGAUGAAUGCAAGUAAUGAUCUAUACGAGAGAACACCCAUAAGAUACAGAGAUGCUCAGCCUCACAUAGCAACAAGUUGGAACCCCAACUACGGCAUCUUGGAGAGCCAACAUUUUGUUGAACCUAACAUAACCAGACACUUUUUACAUGAGGACCAGAGAAAUAAAUUGGGAUCGGGUAUCCAGAUGAACUUCGAAACAAGUGACGCAACUGAGCCAGAUUUGGAGUUGAGAUUGUCACUUUGAGUAAUGUAUGAACUCAUGUUAUUUUCAAUGAGGCCAUGGAUUUGUUAUACACUCAAAGCAACUUAGAAAGAAAUAAUAUGUAACUUAGGUCAUCAUUUGAUUUCAUUUGAUUUUUGGGAAUCAGAUUUUGAUAUCAUGAUGCUAUGUUUUCUAAAGAGUAUGUUUGUAAAUCAACAUAAGUUUCAAAUACAAAUCAAAGCAGUUAUAAAGUCAU